AUGCAGACGACAGACUACCAAACAAGAAAGGACUUGAGGAAGGCCGUGGCUACUCUGCACUGGACACUGGUGCAACUUAUUGAUUUUAAAUUACAGAAUCCAGAAAGAGUGGGGGAUAGCAAGAAAAUUCUGUUUUUGCUAGAUGAUUGGCUAAAGAACGGAACUUUGGUAGUGAAAUUCCCUUCUUUAUAUGCGUUAGACAAGAAGAAAACUUGUUUUUUAAGUGAUAGAUGGGCUGAUGGUACUUUCUCAUGGGCUUGGAAGAGGAAACCCAACAAUUCUCAAGAGUUGCUGGAAUUGAACUCUAUUGUGGAUAUCACAAGGUUUGUUGUGAGCUCCAAUGGGUCUGAUACUUGGAGAUCGAGGUUAACUGUCGAUGGUUCUUUUCGUGUGUGUGAUAUUAGGGCUCUCAUUGACAGUAAAUUGACCGUCCCGGUAAAUAACCUCACGGUUUGGCUUCACUUAGUUCCUAUAAAGUGCAUUAGUUUUGUUUGGAGAGCUUGUAUGAGGCGUAUUCCUAUGGCAGUGGCUCUUUCCAAGAAAGGUAUCAACCUUUCUUCUAUUUCUUGUAAAAUGUGCUUUAUGGGGAUGGACGUUGCGGAUUAUAUUCUCUUGGAUUGCCCGUUUGCUUUUGAAUCACUGGGCUGGAUUUUCAAUUGGUGUGACAUUCAUGUACAUAGGUUCAUUUCGACUUCAAAUUUUGUUAAUUUUGCUGCCUCAUGGGGGAACUAUCCAAAAAAGAGGGGAAUAUUUAUUGCUAUUUGCUAUGGUUUUCUGUGGUGUAUGUGGAAAGCAAGGAACGAUAUUUGGUUUAACAUAAUUAAAGUGAACCCUUCAAAGUUGGCGGAUAAUGUGAUUUCUCUGGUGUUUAGUUGGUUCAAAUAUAGGGGUAAUUUUGGAAAUUGUAGAUGA